GUGAGUGAGUGACUAUGCUCUAGCGGUACUAUAAAUCGAGUACGAUAUGACAUGCAGGAUAAAAGAUUAGUCCGAGGAAUUACUGUCAUCCCGGACCAGCAGGAGGCACCAGAACCAACAGUGUGAGUGCGAACAGAUUUGCAGUUUGCCAAGAUGAUGCACAGAUUGCAGGAGCGGGAGAGAACGCUCGUGAACCUCGAGCAGGGGGAGGCCACAAAGGAAGACCAUUCCCUUGACCAGACCCCCGAACACAUUCACGCCAACCUCAUGACCAACCUCUCCAAGGACAUCACGAAUGAGACCCUGGCCUCCGUGAAGGAAUUCUGCGCCCAAUCUGGGAAACUUGGUAGCACGGAUGUGGAUGGCUUGGGCAGUUUUGCUCUCCUUUGGGAGUCCAUGCAAAAGUCGCAUGUUAUCGCUGUUGGGAAAUACGAGAUCUUCUAUGAGAUGUUCAAAGAACUGGAGACACCCGAGCUGGCCGGGAUGGUACGGGAGGCUGACGAUCAAAUCAGCAAGAUAAGAACGGAGCAAGAAGCCCGGCAGAAUACACCGGAACCGGAAGUGACAUGUUCUCUAUGUAGAUACGAAGACGAAGAAAAGAUCACCGUGGCGGAAUACAAAUGCACGAAAUGUGAGAAGAACAACUUCCUGUGCGCCGGUUGUGUUCCAGGGCACGGCCAGGGCCUUGGACACGCGGACUUCAUAGUUGAGUUACGACCCGGAAUAGGGGUUGAAACGUUACCUAAGAAUCAGGAGACUCCGAUCGAAGACCUGUUGCAAAUUCCGGAGGAAUAUUACGCGAAUAAAGUAUUUGAUAAAGCAGCUUUUCUCUUCAAGUUAAGGUUCCCUGCCAAACCGAGAUGUCACUUCGCGUAUGGCCUUACGGUGUCACGUGAUAUGGGAAUCUGGCGCCAUCUUGUUUUGGCCAGAUGUUUUGGAGAUUUAGGCGAGCCAGCUGAGACGCUAAUCGCGUUCUCUUUCGAUGGGAAAUGCGUUUACAUCAACAGUCAAGACAUUGCGAACAAUUCUUGCCAUGUGGUUCCACGUGGGGAAAAGGAGUUUAUGAUUCUCCGGCAGGAGGAGCCAAACGUGCGGAUCACAGAUACGGCGGGGAAGAAAAUUGCCCGGGAUGUUUACAUAGAGUUGCCGUUACAACGAGUUUGGACAGUCGAUACCUGUGGGAAGGUGAUUUACCUUAUGCACGGAGAAGGGAAGGCCAACCCAACAAGCCUUGUCGCAACGGACAUCACCGGAAAGGUCCGUGCCACCAUGCCAACCGGAAAACAAGGGUUCGUCGUCUGCGAUAAACGGCGCCCCCGCGUGGUCGUUCUUUCAAACACCCACGUGCGGGUCCUUGACUGGAGAAAGGAGAGGCUGCACGAGAUAAAAGACGGAGAAAGCGGACUGAUGCAAUUCGACAUUUGGGAUGUCUGCUGCAGAAAUGCGGAGAUCCUCCUUGUUGGGCUGUCCACCAUUGGGGAAGCACCGUGGGAGGUCGUGGUCUACCAGAUGAUCAUUGAUAACAGCGGAGGUUGGACCUGGAGGAGGAUUCAGCUGCUACUGGAAGGAGGGAAGACGACAGUUAGAAGCUUCUGUUCCCCCAAGCUGUCAUUUUGUCAGAAUCGGCUAAUGUUGGGAUACAAGUUCCCGAUUGAGUUGUAUCGGGUGGAUCUGUAUGAACUGACGCUUGCUGAAAACCAACAAAAGUGAAUGUAACAGUCAGGCAAUGCUCCUCGUUGGAUGUGUGAUGGGCCGAUUAACCUCAAUAUGCCAAUUCCACCCAAAUCGUUUUGGUACGAACCCCGUCGGAAGGGGUUCGAACGGGCCUCUGAAUGAUAUCCCUCACUCAUGUUUGCCGUGUUCUAUCAGAUUUCGCGGUUCGUAUUGAAAUAAUGUCAGUAAUAUUGAUUUCUUGUGAUAACUGUGUGUAGAUAGAUUGUAACCUCUUAACCUCAAAAUAAAAUACUUCGUACU